AUGGACUUCUCCCACCUCCUUCGGACGGCUCUGCCUCCAUUUGUUGGUAAUGUGAGCGCAGAAGACAACAAUGCCACCCAGAAUAUCGUCGAAACCCUCACGCCACUGCUCGGUUUGCAGUUCAACCCAUUUUUGAAUCUGUUCAUGAUUUUCUACGACUUGGCCGGCGGUCGCCUCGGCACACUGGGUUUAAACCCAGCGUAUAUUCUGACCUCAUUUGGACUGGCUUGGGCUUUCAACAAGACGUGGUUGCAUAUCUACGCAAACGUCAUGUCAAUUCUGGGAAGGUAUUUUACCGCCUCGGUUCAGGUCAACAGCGGGGAUAACAUCUACGACCACCUGAUGAAGUUCCUCGCCAACCGGCAGGACAUGACCGAAUCUCGCUCUCUGACGGCAGAGACGUGGUUCAAGCCAACAUCAGAAGAGGCGGACGAGGCAGACUUGUUCCGGACCAAAAUCUCGCCCGACGGCGAAGGGGUCAACCUCAACUUCUCCAACCAAGAGUCCAAGUGCCCCCCUCGUUUUACGCCCGCAAUCGGACUGCACAACUUUUGGUUCCGGGGCAAGUAUUUCGCGCUGAGCCGGCAGCAGGAGACGCUGCACACAGACAACAGCUGGGGCGGCUCGCAGUACAGGGACAGGGAGUCACUUGUUCUGUCCUGCUACGGCCGUUCGCCUGAGCCUAUCAAGCGCCUUCUCGAGCAUGCGAAGCAAGAGUACUACAGCGAACACAACGCCAGGACCAUUGUCAAACGUCCGGCUUCACAGAGCAUGAGGAGCUAUGGUGGCCGGCACAGCUGGUCCAUGGUGGCAAAUCGGCCGGUUCGCCCCAUGAAGACGGUGGUACUGGAUGAGAAGCAAAAGGUGCAAGUGCUUUACGACAUGAACGAGUACCUCCACCCUUCUACUCCGCGAUGGUAUGCAAAUCGCGGUAUUCCCCUCCGUCGAGGCUAUCUUUUCCACGGCCCGCCAGGGACAGGCAAAACGUCGCUGUCCUUUGCCCUGGCCGGUGUGUUUGGCCUUGACAUUUACGUUAUCUCGCUCCUUGACCCGUCUCUAACCGAAGAAGACCUUUGUGCGCUCUUCAACUCCCUUCCGCGUCGUUGUGUGGUACUGCUCGAGGACAUUGACACAGCUGGACUUGCUCGCCCGGGCGACUCAACUCCUGCUUCUGAAGACGGCGACGACAGUGACGAGAAGUCCAAGGACAAGCCAAAGAAGAAGGACAAGGAUUCCAAAGACAAAAAGUCUUCGGAAUGGAACGUCGCCGACUUGGCCCGGGAGCUCAAGAAGCAGUCAUCGAGUGAAUCUACAGAUAAGAAAGGCAUUUCACUCUCUGGCCUGCUUAAUGCUAUUGAUGGCGUCGCCUCUCACGAGGGCCGGGUUUUGAUCAUGACAACUAACAAACCGGAGACACUCGAUGAGGCUCUCAUUCGCCCCGGGCGGGUCGAUCUUCAAAUCGCCUUUACCAACGCCACCAGGGAACAAACCUGUGAGUUGUUCAAGAGGAUGUACGACGCCGACCGGACCGCCACCACGCCUUUUCAAAAGGAGGACAGACCCCAGUCUACCACCACCACCCGUCUCCGCUCCCGCCUCGCCUUCUUCCGUUCUCCCUCCAACAAAAUUACAAGGACCAUCUCCGCCCCGGUGGUUCGUCAGCUUCCCCUCAAUGACAACUGCGGCGAGAAAGACGGCAACCUAACCGACACAUCGGUCACCACAACAGCAGUCGACCUCGACUCCGACCUCUGCUCCCUCCCCUCCUCUGCCUCCCCAACAAAGAUAUCUUUUGCCCCGGAGGAAGUCAACAAGCUCCUCGCCGAGGAGAUUGACGACCUGAAGCCCAUCACCCCGGAAGAACUCGACAAGAUCGCGCAGGGCUUUGCCUCCAAGAUCCCCGAGGGGCAGUUCUCGCCUGCGGAACUGCAAGGGUUUCUGCUCAAGAGGAAGAGGGAGCCGAGAAGGGCGCUGAGGGAGGUGGGUGUUUGGGUCGAAGGGACGCUGGAGCAGAAGAAGAGCAAGACCAAGGUCGUCAGGGUGCAAUGA